CUCUCUCUCUCACACCUCUUCUCUCUCUCUCUCUCUCUACCUACCUAACUACCUUCUCUCCUUCUAAAAAGCUAGUUAGUAUGGGUAUUGAGAUUGAACAAAGUCACCCUUCUGUUGAACUUUCAAGUAUUGCAAUUUCUGAAACUCAUGGAGAAAAUUCUCCAUACUUUGCUGGAUGGAAAGCCUAUGAUGAAGACCCUUAUCAUGAAAUAACUAAUCCUUCUGGAGUUAUACAAAUGGGAUUAGCUGAGAAUCAAGUGUCAUUUGAUUUGCUUGAAAAGUACUUGGAAGAAAACUCAGAAGCAUCAACAUGGGGAAAAGGAGGAACAAGUUUCAGAGAAAAUGCAUUAUUUCAAGAUUAUCAUGGACUGAAGUCAUUUAGAAAAGCAAUGGCAAGUUUCAUGGAAAAAAUAAGAGGAAAUAAAGCAAAAUUUGAUUAUGAAAGAAUUGUUCUAACUGCUGGUGCUACUGCUGCCAAUGAACUCUUAACCUUCAUUCUUGCAAAUCCAGGAGAUGCUUUGCUUGUUCCAACACCAUACUAUCCUGGAUUUGAUAGAGAUUUAAGAUGGAGAACUGGCGUAAACAUAGUUCCGAUCCAUUGUGACAGCUCGAACAAUUUUCAAAUCACACUUGAAGCAUUAGAAACUGCAUACAAAAAUGCCGAAUCGAUGAACAUGAAAGUAAAAGCAGUACUUAUAACCAAUCCAUCAAAUCCAUUAGGCAUAGCGAUCCAACGUUCAGUUCUCGAGGACAUUCUUGACUUUGUGACUCGCAAGAACAUACAUCUUGUUUCGGACGAAAUCUACUCAGGCUCGGUUUUCUCCUCACACGAAUUCAUAAGCGUGGCGGAGAUUCUCGAGUCUCGUCAAUACAAAGACGCGGAAAGAGUUCACAUUGUUUAUAGUCUUUCAAAAGAUCUCGGUCUACCUGGUUUUAGAGUUGGAACAAUUUAUUCGUACAACGAUAAAGUUGUUACAACCGCUCGAAGAAUGUCGAGUUUCACAUUAAUAUCUUCUCAAACACAACAUCUUUUAGCAUCAAUGUUAUCGGAUGAAAGUUUCACCGAUAAUUAUAUUAAGAUUAACCGAGAAAGACUUAGAAAAAGAUAUGACAUGAUUAUUGAAGGUUUGAAAAGUGCUGGAAUUGAAUGUUUGAAAGGUAAUGCAGGAUUGUUUUGUUGGAUGAAUAUGAGUCCAAUGUUGGAAAAUGAUACAAGAGAAGGUGAAUUGAAGCUGUGGAAUGAGAUUUUGAAUGAAGUUAAGCUUAAUAUUUCACCAGGGUGUUCUUGUCAUUGUUCUGAACCAGGUUGGUUUAGAGUUUGUUUUGCAAAUAUGAGUGAACAAACACUUGAAAUUGCACUCAAAAGAAUACGUGAUUUCAUGAAUAAUAAGGACAGAAAGGAUAUAGAAAACUAGUUUUUAUCGUUCAGGACAAUACCAGAGUUCGAAUUCUGACUGGAACAAUCAGUUAUCAAGUUUUCCUGAUCUCUCAACCGAAUUCAGAUUACCAGAGUUUACGUUACCUUUUAAAACCAGAGGGUUAAUUAUGAUCGAAGAAUUCGUCUCUCUUUUUUCAAAUGGCCAUGGCCAUUUUGGUAAAUUCUUUCUAAAGCACAUAAUGUAAAGGUGAAUAUUCAAUUGAAGUGUAUCAAUCAAUCCCUUGUUUGCUUGCUUAAUUUACUUAAGCAAGUUCAUUAGAAAUUUAUUAAUCCUUUGUACUAUUGUUUAUUUUUGUAAUGAAUAAAAUUUGUUACUAUUAAAUUA